AUGGUUGGACCACGAUCAUGGUUAGGAGGGCUCUUCAAUCGCUUCAGCAAGCCUACUGAGAAGUUUCUUGACUACACUUUGAAUCCUAUUGAGCAACAAAGACUUCGAAGGCUUCAAGAACGACUACAUGUACCCUUUGACGAGACUCAUCCCGACCAUCAGAAAGCUCUCAUAAAAUUGUGGAACAUCGCCUUUCCCAAUGUUGUUCUGACAGGCUUGAUCUCUGAACAGUGGAAAGAUAUGGGGUGGCAAGGUGUUAAUCCAUCAACGGAUUUUCGGGGUUGCGGUUUUAUUUCACUUGAAAAUUUGCUGUAUUUUGGCCUAAAUUAUCCGGUUAUUAUUUAAGCAAGAUGGAAACAGAGCUACUUGGGAAUACCCAUUCGCUGUUGCUGGCAUCAAUGUAUCUUUUAUGUUGAUUCAGUUGUUGGAUUUAUAUUCAG